AUGGAAAGAGUCAACAACACACUGUUGACUGUGUUUAUCCUAACAGGAAUUCCUUAUCCACUCAGGCUAAGGACACUCUUUUUUGUGUUCUUUUUGCUAAUCUACAUCCUGACUCAGCUGGGAAACCUGCUUAUUUUAAUCACUGUCUGGGCAGACCCGAGGCUCCAUGCCCGCCCCAUGUACAUCUUUCUUGGUGUUCUCUCAGUCGUUGACAUGGGCAUCUCCUCCAUCAUCGUCCCUCGCCUCAUGAUGAACUUCACUUUAGGCGUCAAAUCCAUCCCAUUUGGUGGCUGUGUUGCUCAACUCUAUUUCUAUCACUUCCUGGGCAGCACCCAGUGCUUCCUCUACACCCUGAUGGCCUAUGACAGGUACCUGGCCAUAUGUCAGCCCCUGCACUACCCUGUGCUUAUGACUGCUAAGCUGAGUGCCUUGCUUGUGGCUGGAGCCUGGGUGGCAGGAUCCAUCCAUGGGGCUCUCCAGGCCAUCCUAACCUUCCGCCUGCCCUACUGUGGGCCCAAUCAGGUGGAUUACUUCUUCUGUGACAUCCCUGCAGUGUUGAGACUGGCCUGUGCUGACACAACAGUCAAUGAGCUGGUGACCUUUGUGGACAUUGGGGUGGUGGUUGCCAGUUGCUUCUUCCUGAUCCUCCUCUCCUACAUACAGAUCAUUCAGGCCAUCCUGAGAAUCCGUACAGCUGAUGGGCGGCGCCGGGCUUUUUCAACCUGUGGAGCACAUGUAACCGUGGUCACCGUGUACUAUGUGCCCUGUGCCUUCAUCUACCUGAGGCCUGAAACCAACAGCCCCCUGGAUGGGGCAGCUGCUCUGUUCCCCACGGCCAUUACUCCUUUCCUCAAUCCCCUUAUCUACACUCUGCGGAACCAAGAGGUGAAGCUGGCCCUGAAAACAAUGCUCAGAAACCCAAGAACUAUGAGUGAGGUUUGA